CGGCACCCCGCGCUCCCACUCGCAGCCAGCAGCCAGCUUUUACCGCUUUCCGCGGCGUGGACUUUUUUUCUUUUUUUUUUUUUCUUUUUUUUUUUUUUCUUUUUUUUUGGUGCCUUUUUCCCUCCCUCUCUCCGGAGCAGCCUGCACAGACAGCCCUGAUUUGCUGCGGAGCGGCGGAGACUCGCUCAGGGCAGAGCCGGGCUGAGCUGCCGCUCGCUGCUGACGCGUGGCCGCCGCCGGGAGCAGCCCCAGCCCGCUGCUGCUGCUGCCGCCCCCAGAAUAACCAACCAUGACAACAGAGUCGGGAUCAGAUUCUGAGUCCAAGGACAAAGAGCAGGACCAGCAAGAAGCCCCUGCACAGCCAGGGGCAGCAGCAGAGGGCCCGCCACAGCAGCAGCAGGAGCAGCAACAGCUAAGUGAAGAGCACCAAAACACACUUGAGCAGUUCUCAGCUGUGGCAGCACACAGCACGCCAGUGAGGAAAGAACAGCCCACAGACAAAGAACAGGAGUUUGCAGCUGCAAGUGCAAAACAGCUUGAAUAUCAACAGUUAGAGGACGACAAGCUCUCUCAAAAAUCAUCAUCAAGCAAACUUUCCAAGUCUCCUCUAAAGAUUGUCAAGAAACCUAAAAAUAUGCAGUGCAAAGUGACGCUUCUGGAUGGAUCUGAAUAUGCAUGUGAAGUAGAGAAACGUUCCAGAGGUCAAGUGCUAUUCGACAAAGUGUGUGAGCAUCUGAACCUUUUGGAAAAAGACUACUUUGGGCUAACGUACAGAGACGCAGAAAACCAAAAGAAUUGGUUGGACCCUGCCAAGGAAAUCAAAAAGCAGAUUCGAAGUGGUGCUUGGCAGUUUGCAUUUAAUGUGAAAUUCUACCCUCCAGAUCCUGCCCAGCUCUCUGAAGAUAUUACCAGGUACUACCUCUGCUUGCAGCUGAGAGAUGACAUCGUGUCUGGCCGGCUGCCCUGCUCCUUUGUCACCCUCGCCCUGCUGGGCUCCUACACUGUGCAGUCUGAGCUUGGUGACUAUGACCCUGAUGAGUACGGCAGUGACUACGUCAGCGAGUUUCGCUUUGCACCGAAUCACACUAAAGAGCUGGAAGAUAAGGUGAUUGAGCUGCACAAGAGCCACAGGGGAAUGACACCUGCUGAGGCUGAGAUGCAUUUUCUGGAGAAUGCCAAAAAGUUAUCAAUGUAUGGAGUAGAUCUCCAUCAUGCCAAGGAUUCUGAAGGAGUGGAAAUCAUGUUAGGAGUUUGUGCAAGUGGCCUCUUAAUAUACCGAGACCGACUCAGAAUAAAUAGAUUUGCCUGGCCAAAGGUUCUGAAAAUUUCAUACAAAAGGAACAACUUCUACAUCAAAAUCCGACCAGGGGAGUUUGAGCAGUUUGAAAGCACUAUUGGGUUUAAGUUGCCAAAUCAUCGUGCUGCAAAGCGCUUAUGGAAAGUGUGUGUUGAGCACCAUACAUUUUUCAGGCUCCUUCUACCUGAAGCACCUCCAAAGAAGUUCCUCACACUGGGCUCCAAGUUUCGUUACAGUGGUAGGACACAGGCUCAGACGAGAAGAGCCAGUGCGCUCAUAGACCGGCCCGCACCUUACUUUGAGCGGUCUUCUAGUAAGCGUUACACCAUGUCCCGCAGCUUGGAUGGGGCAUCAGUGAAUGAAAACCAUGAAAUGUACAUGAAGGAUUCUGUGUCUGCUGCAGAGGUUGGUACUGGCCAGUACGCCACAACAAAGGGCAUCUCUCAGACCAAUUUGAUAACCACUGUGACUCCGGAGAAAAAGGCAGAAGAAGAGAAAGAUGAUGAAGAGAGCAAAAAGAAAAGAGCAGAGGAAGUCACCCCCAUCUCGGCAGUACGCCAUGACACAAAGCCACCUUUUCUUGGCACUGACUCACUCCACUCCUCGCCAUCCCCACAGCCUGGUCCCCAUGCAUCUUCAGCCAAGCUUCGCAGGAGAUGCAAGGAGAGCACUCGAAAAAAGCCCUUAGGCUGUGAGUCACCCAACGAGGGUGCUUCAAAGCACGGGGAGGCAGAGCCGGACUCCGACAGAAAAGGGAGAGUUUGCUCCGCAGAGCAAGACGUGGCUUUCGGCUAUAAGCAAAAAGCCGGCAAAGGCGGGACACUCUUUUCCUUCUCCUUGCAACUUCCUGACUCAUUCCCUUCACUCCUGGAUGAUGAUGGCUACCUGUCGCUCCCUAACCUCUCAGAAACCAACCUCCUGCCUGCCAGCGUGCAGCAUUACCUUCCCAUCCGCUCUCCCUCCCUCGUGCCUUGCUUCCUCUUCAUUUUUUUCUUUCUGCUCUCUGCCUCUUUCUCAGUGCCAUAUGCCCUCACUCUCUCCUUUCCUCUGGCUAUGUGCCUCUGCUACCUGGAGCCCAAGGCGGCCUCCUUGAGUGCCUCACUUGCCAAUGACCUGAGUGACAGUUCAGAGGAAGAGACUGACAGUGAGCAGACGGAUACUGCAGCUGAUGGUGAGACCACUGCCACCGAGUCGGAUCAAGAGGAGGACGGAGAUCUAAAGGCACAGAAUAGUCUGAUUAAGCGAAUACAGGGUGAAAAUGUGUAUGUCAAACAUAGUAAUCUUAUGUUAGAGGACCUAGACAAAACCCAGGAAGAUCUGAUGAAACAUCAGACCAAUAUAAGCGAGCUGAAACGAACCUUCUUGGAAACCUCCACAGAAACGGCUGUGUCUAAUGAGUGGGAGAAGAGGCUUUCCACAUCUCCCGUUCGGCUUGCAGCAAGGCAGGAGGAGGCUCCUAUGAUUGAACCACUAGUGCCUGAAGAGACCAAAGAAGAAAGAGAAAAAUCAGAAAAACUCAUAGUAUUGCAGAAAGGAGGUACUACAUUCCUUGAAAUGCAGCCGAGUGUGAUAGAGAAGAAGCUACAGGAAGGAGAAUCUGCUGACACUUUGGUUACUUCUCAUCAAAUCAUUAUCCAGAAAAGUAUCCCAUCAUCCCUAGAGGGCACUGAGGAUUGGGUUAUUAUAGACAAAGUACCUUCUGAGGUAGCUGAUGGUGAAUCGAAAAAAAGUGUGACGUACAAAGUGGUGACUGUGAGCAGUAAAGCUGGCAUUCCGCCUGAGGUACUAAAAUCCAGUACUGUUCUGGGCUUUGAGGACUUGGAAAGUGAAAUACAAUCCAAAGAUGAGAAUAAGCAGAAAAUGUUCACCUUAGGAAAAUCCUAUGAUGCUGUGUCUGGGAAAAUUGUUACCAUGACAAGUAAAACUAAAGAGGGAGAGAAAACAAUACAGCCUUCUGUAGAAGUUUUGCAAAAAAAGGAGAAGGAAGGACAAGAAUCUGUGAAAAUCAUUCCAGUAGUGGCCAAGUAUGGGAUUGUAGAGCCUGUCGCUGAGGAAAAGGCCGAUGUGCAGAGCACAAAAAGAAAGCUGUCUGACUCACUGACACCUAUAAAGGAAGCCGAAUCUCAGUUGCAAAGUCCUGAAGAGGAGAGCUUGAAAAAGACGCUAAGGAUGGACCAAGAUGUGCAGUUACUGAGAAGCCUGCAGCUUGGCAAAGCAGAAAAGCACCUUGAUGGUGAAGCUGCAAAAGCAGGGGCAUUUGCCUGGAAAGAUAAAAGCGUGUCUGAGUGGAGAUACUCCAGAGAACAACCAUUUACCAUUGCUACUGCUCACUAUGUUACUGAGUCGUCUGCGUCAAAAGUAGUGACUAAACAGUCCACUGGUGAAAAAACCCUGGAUGGCUCAGAUAUCUUCAGUUUAAUAGAGUCCGCCAGAAAGCCAACUGAGUUCAUAGGAGGGGUUACUACUACUUCCCAUAGCUGGGCACAGAGAAUAGACACGUCGACAUCUCAGGAGAUAACUUCCAGUGAAUUGAAGCAAGAGGCUCAGCCACACCAGGACGCAGUGACGAAGGUUGUAGAGGAGACUGUGGUUAUCGAGGAGAGACGUGGGAUGAAUGUGCAUGCGAGUGGGGAUCCCGCUACAGUGGCUGGACUUGCAGAUGCCCAGGCUCAGGCAGCAUCUGCUAGUGCAAAGGGGAAGGAGGGCUCUGCUGUGACUAAGGGGGCUAAAGAGGAAAAAAAAGAGGCUCACAAAGCUGUAACGAAACAGGAAGGCAUUGCUGCUUCUACUUCUCAUGAGCAAGAGGAGGAGCACAGUACAACAGUCCACGUUUCAGACUCUUUGGAAAGAAAACCUCAUUUUGAGUCACCAGUUGUGAAGACUGAAACAAUCAGUUUCAGUAGUGUUUCUACUGGGGGGGAAAACCUUGAAAUUUCAACAAAGGAAGUGCCAGUAGUCCAUACAGAAACAAAAACCAUUACAUAUGAGUCUUCACAGGUGGAUAGUGGUGCUGACUCAGAGCCUGGUGUGCUGAUGAGUGCACAAACUAUCACAUCUGAAACCACCAGCACUACAACCACUACACACAUCACCAAAACUGUGAAAGGAGGCAUCUCAGAGACAAGAAUCGAAAAACGAAUAGUCAUCACAGGAGAUGCAGAUAUUGAUCAUGAUCAGGAAUAAUCUAGAUUGCAUAUGAAUCCAGACAUGCUCACCCAUAGGAAUACAAGAGCCUCUAUGGAGUCUCAGUUCCAACCUGACUGACUUGUAUCUGUGUAUGGAAAAUUUCAGUACAGAAGAAUUGAUCUUGACCGUUAAUAAAGAAACUGGCAGAAAUCUCUUCCCCUAGAAAGCAAUCUGAAUCAGCAGCAGUUAUAUUGCAUGAAGCAACGAUAAAAUUACAGAAAAGCAGCAUUUUUAAUUUUCUUAAAAUAUCUAAGUUUUCAGCUAUACCUGCACGUUCAUAAACAAUAUAAACAGUGAUCUCAUGUAACACAUAAACAGUUCAUGCCUUUCACAGUUUAUGAAAGUCUAAACAGAUUAAAAUUUGUUAGGUGGCAAGCCUUUUGUUUACGGAUAUUGUAAAUGAAGAUUACCCCCAAAAUGCUAGAAGCUCUAGAGGUACUGUGUAUAAUGUUUUACCACACAUUAGAUGUGCCAAUAACACAGUUUAUUCAGUAAACACCUUGAAUCUUACAUUUGUUUCAUCUUGUUUUAUUACUGCCCGAUAAACAAUGACAAAUCUUUACUCUUAUCAAAAUAUUUAAAUGCUUACAAAGUGUGCUUUGUAUACCUGACUGAAUACCUUAUGAGGUAGUAAUUAUUUUAGCUUAUUAACUUUAACGAUUUUUGUCAGCGUUGUUCAGAGUCAGCUUCUGGUCACCCUUCACAGAUCCUAACCUUGUAAAUUAUAUGUAGUUAUUUUGGGAAAAAAAAUCUGUAUUUUACUUAGUUUGCAGCAUUAGAAAGUUAUUAAUCUAAAGUAACCACGAUGGUUUUCUAUUGAUUUCCCUUUUUGUUCUCAGAGGAAAAGAAAAAAUCUGUUUGAGAAUCUGGUCAGCAUUUACUAUCUAGUUCAGAGUCAAGCCUUAACCUGUACAGAACGUCCACUGAAAACUCGUUAGUGUUCAGCUACAAUACCCACUGAAGGGAUAGAGUCCAUUACACUGUCAGCUGCAUCACAACACAUGGUGAAUGUAUGUUUCUGCAUAGUGAAAUAAAAGUGGUAAAUGCAUCCAAAA